UUAAAAUAAUUAUAACUAAUAUCGGGAAAAUGUACUAUAACUUUUGGGUUUCAUUGGCUUGAACCCCGUCGGUCAAUACAUUUCGAUUGUUCAGCAUGUGGAUCGGACUGGUAAUUAUUUCAUCGCUGGGUGCCUGCUUACUCAGUUCUAGCGAUGCAGUUGUGUUUAAGAUGACCAACGCUGUCUGUAAGAGCUACAACCAGUCGUGGGUUGUGUUCGAACUUUGCCGCCUAAAGGCUGUGGGUCGCGAUAAGGUAGUUUUUAAUAUGAUUGGGAAUAUUCUCCAUCCGACCAACAGCGUACAUGUACACUUGGAUGUUUUAAAAAAAGCCAAUGGGUUUAAGCCAUGGGUUAUCAGCACAAAGCUGGAUGUCUGUCGGUUUUUGCGAAAGAAGUACGACCCAUUCGCCACAAUGGUUCACAGCUUCUUUGGAGAGUUUUCCAACUUUAAUCACACGUGUCCCUACGUGGUAAGAUCCAUGUGCGCCCAUCACAAAAUCCACUAUUUUAUUCACUAAUAUUUUCAGGGUCCCCUAAUUAUUAAGGGGUUUUAUCUGAGGCGUGAAUUAUUAAUGCUUCCUUUUCCUUCUGGAGAGUACAUGCUGGUGACUAAGUGGUUUUAUUAUAACAGACAUCAACUUGAAGUUAAUAUUACAUUCCUUUACACCGAGGACCUUCGCAGUGGUGCCUAUAAACAUAAUGGCUGACUAUUAUUCCUAUUAGUCUAUUGCAAAAAUCGCCUUUUAUUAACAAAAAGAAUGGCAUUAUUAUAAAACCUAUUAGUUUAGGUUUUAUUUUUUCGCCAAUUUUCAUCCGAUCUUUGAGCGGAUUCCCUACAUUAAAACAAGCAAAUAAAUUUUUCGAUCGAUUUUUUUCAACAUUU